AUGAGAAAAAUGAAUACAGUUAUGAAAUCCAUCUUUACCAGCAUCAAGACUGACCGCGACACCGGGCUGCCUUUUGAACCAGUCGACAACAUGACGGAAAUUCCAAUUCCCGAAGAAACCCGCCAUCAAAGAUUCAUGAGUAUUGCUGAAAGUGAGCCAUUUGGGCCUGUUGACGCUGCUGAAGCGCUUGGAAUUGAACCUGCUGCUGUAACGCUAGAAAAAUUGACUCAGCAUGAUUCGAUUGAGGAGACAUCAAAAUCAUCCUCUACUAAGACCAGUAAGCUCUCAUUCUUUGCUCCAGUCUUGGAGGGUGAAAGAACAGCAUUCCGUUUCACAGAUGCCAAGGUAGGGGAAGUUGGUUACAGAUAUGGCGCAUCAAAAGACGAUCGUCGUCAUGCUAGAAAAGUCAAGUACCAACCAUCAGGUAAGAUGGUAUGGGCAUAG